GUGUUAAAACCCCCAUCAAGUUGUCUAAAAAUGGACCCGCGACUUUGCGCUCAGGAUGUGUUAAGAUGUCAUCUCUGUGAGAACCCAGCCACUCCUAUGCAUUGUGACAUUUGCCAUAUUCAUCUGUGUAAAGCAUGUGUAGGGAAACACCUCCUAGAUGAAACAAGUGAACACAAGGUUGUGCCUUUUAAAAGCCGGGGAUCUACGUUUAAGUACCCAGUAUGUCUAAAACAUUCCUCUAAACAAUGUGAACUUCACUGUGAACAAUGUUGCAUUCCAAUUUGUGCGUUAUGUGUUUCUUUUAAAGAUCACAAAGGUCAUGAAAUAGUGGACAUAAUGAAAACACUAGAUAACAAAAAAGAAGCCUUAAACAGAGAAUUACAAGAAUUAGAGAAGUCUAUUUAUCCUAAAUAUCAAGAGAUUGCAUCAACCAUUCUAGUUCAAAAGGCUAAUCUGAAUAAAAACUCUCAUGAUUUGACAACCGCUAUCAGCAAACAUGGAGAGGAUCUACACAGAAAUAUUAACAUUGCUACAAGAAAAUUGAUAUCAGACAUGGAUAAAAUGGCAACCGCGCAACUUGCUGUGUUAAAAAAACAGGAAGAAGAAAUCAAGUGCAGUAUCUCUGAAAUAAAACAGAGUAUUACUGAACUGAAGAAACUACUGAACUCCGAUGAUGCCAGCCUUAUUGCUGCUUACAAAUCCAGAAUUGCUAAAUUCAGAAAACUGCCCCCUAAACUCCCAGAUUCCUUACCAAAAUUCACCCCUCAAAAGAUUGAUGUAGAGCAAAUUAUUCGGCAUUUUGGUUCUCUGUCAGAACUACCAAUCAAAACAGAAGAACGUGUCUACAUUAUAGGUUCUUCCAGAGCUGUGUCCUUUCCCACAGAAAAACCCUUUGUUGACGAACCACGGAUUAUACAGACUAUAAACACUAAUUAUGGAGACACUACAAAAUUACCAAGUAUCUCCUGUAUUUCUUUUGAAAAUUUGUGGACCUGUGGUGGAGACAACAUCAUUAGACUUUAUAAUCUGAAUGAGCUUCUGUUGAAUUCAUUUAAAACCAAGUCAGGGAAUAUACCAGUAGACAUAGCAGUAACAAGGAGCGGUGAACUUGUUUAUACUGAUUUCAAUGAUAGAACAGUUAAUAAAGUGAAGAAUGCACAGAUACAGACAGUGGUUAAAUUACGGGGAUGGAAACCUUGUCACGUCUGUAUAACCUUCUUUGGUGACCUCCUGGUUGUAAUGGUAAGUGAUGAUCACAAAAAAUCAAAAGUUGUACGUUACUCUGGCUCAAUAGAGAGACAAACAAUUCAGUACAAUGACAAAGGACAACCUCUCUAUUCAUCUGAUGCCUCUACGUAUCCCAAGUACAUAUGUGAGAACAAAAAUCUCGAUAUCUGUGUGGCUGACUAUUCAGCUCAGUCAGUUGUAGCGGUCAAUCAGGCUGGUAAACUCCAGUUUACAUACGUUGGAAUUCCCUCUUCUUCUGAUAAGGGACCAUUUCAUCCAGUCGGCAUUACCUCAGACAGUCGGAGUCGAAUCCUAACAGCAGACUAUGAGAACCGCCGUAUCCACAUCCUGGACCAGGGCGGAUCAUUCCUCCGCUAUAUUGACAACUGUCAUCUAAUCUGUCCAUGGUGUCUAUGCAUGGACCCAAACGACAACCUCAUUGUGGCUGAGUAUAGAACAAACAAAAUUAAAAAAAUCCAAUAUUACGUGUAGAUAUCCAUUUGUACAUAUAUCUCAUUUCAACAAACUGACAGAGUGUGUGCGUUUAAUGGUAUGGGACACCACCAUAUUAUUACGUAUCGAAAUAAAC